AUGAUGGAUAUCAUUAAGAGCGGAGAUAAUGUUUUAUUGAUCUGGAAUAACAACGAACCCAGUGAAAUUAGCAAUUUAGUAAAAGAAAUCCAGUCCAUUCAGAAUGUUUCCGUAGCUAUGGAGAACUCGAAAAUGAUAGCCGAAGGUUCAAGACCACAAGCAUCAUUUGAUGUGGUUAUAUCAAACUGGCUCCAACCAAAUUCAGUGGAACACACUGACAGUUUGCUUUCAAUUAUUAUAAAGCUACUCAAACCAAGUGGUAAAUUAAUAUUAAAAGACAAAACAGAUAUUUCUUCACCUUUAAAACUCAAUGGAUUUCUUAAUAUCAUCAAAAAUGGUGAUCAUUAUUCAGCCGAGAAGCCUAAGUUUGAGGUUGGCUCCAAAGCAUCGCUUAAACUCAAGAAGCCAGCCGUUUGGAAGUUAGAUGAUACUGUAGAAGAAGCUUGGACUGCCAAUGGUGAUGAUGAAAUAAUUGAUUCAGAUAUGCUUCUAGAUGAGAAAGACCUGACAAAACCCGAUGAGAAAUCAUUAAGAGUAUGUGCAACCACUGGCAAGAGGAAGGCUUGUGCGGACUGCUCUUGUGGUUUAGCAGAAGAGUUGAGAGGAGAAGUUAAAGAUACACCAAAAUCAUCAUGUGGCAGUUGCUACCUGGGUGAUGCUUUCCGCUGCGCUACUUGUCCGUACCUAGGUAUGCCUGCUUUCAAACCCGGAGAGAAGGUUGUCUUGGAUCUCAAAUCUGAUGUCUAG